AUGAGAAAGACAUUUUAGAGGUAGAGAUAGAGGCAGAGGGAUUUUCUUCAUACGGUCAGCUUCUGAGUGUGUGAUGUUUUGCAUGCAGAGUGCUUUCUGGAGUUCAACACAGAUACAAAGCCUGAGAGAAGCAUCUGUUGAACCCUGCAUGAAGAACACUGCUUUUAGGCAUGAAGAGACACAUGAACAAAAAGAUGAAUGGAACUGAAGUGUUGUUAUAUUUGAAUGUCACAUCUACAAUGACACUACCAGUCCCCGCCAAUAGUUCUCCAUCAUAUCGUGAACCCUAUCUGCAUAGACUGGCACAUCUGGAUGAGGGACUCUAUAAUGACUUCUACAGCCUGUGGAUUGCUCUGGUGGUCAUUAACACUCUGAUCUUUAUAUUGGGAAUGGCUCUCAACAGCCUUGCCUUGUAUGUCUUCUGUUUCCGUACAAAGUCCAAGUCCACAUCUGUUAUUUAUACUAUUAACCUAGCAAUCACAGAUCUUCUGGUAAACCUGUCACUUCCUACCCGCAUCAUACUGUAUUACAGCGGAGGCAGGUGCUUGAACUGUUCUUAUAUUCAUUUAUUUAGCUACUUUGUCAACAUGUACUGCAGCAUCCUCUUCCUCACCAGCAUCUGUGUGGACCGUUAUCUUGCCAUCGUACAGGUAGAGUCCUCUCACAAGUGGCGCAGCCGCAACAUGGCCAAAGUAGUUUGUAUCUGCAUCUGGCUGUUUGCCAUCAUUGUCACUUACUCUUUCCUCACGACAGCCUUCAAACAUUCAGCCUGCUGCGUGUCCAAGUUCUUCGCUCUGACCGUAUUCGAGUUCUUCCUACCCUUGGUGAUCAUUGUGGUGUUUACGGUCAGGAUUAUGUGCGCACUUUCCAGCCCAGGCCUCAUGCAGCAAAGCCGGGACAGGCGGAUGAAGGCUGUGCAGUUACUCACUACAGUACUGGUGAUCUUCACCGUCUGCUUCACACCUUUUCAUGUUUGCCAAGUUCUGGUCUACUUCCACCCUGAUCUACCCCACCAUGUGAUUAUCUACCAUGUGACUGUCACACUCAGCAGCCUUAACAGCUGCCUGGAUCCGGUCGUCUACUGCUUCGUCACCACCAACUUCCAGUCUACCAUGAAGACGUUUUUACAGAAGGCCAAGGAAGAACAGACCAGUGGUGACAUUAUCAGCAUGCACAAAAGCUCCAGAGGCUCAGGCACCGUUUGUGCCAUCACUAACAGCAUGAUUAUGAUAAAUAUGAAUUCUCCUAAAAAGGAAGGUGACGGAUAA